UCCUGAUAGCUACUGCAUGUUUGUCUGGUUCUGUGUUUUUGUUUCUGCUUUCAUCGGUCGCUUUGUAACCGAACAACAGAUACUCGGUCCCCCGCAAGAUGUCUCGGUGACCGAUGUCAAAGUUUUAGCCUCGGCACGGUUUGCUGUGUCUGAAUUAAACAAUGCAAACACAUGGGUGACUUACAGAAUGGUGGUAAUAACAUCGGCCCAAGUUCAGAGCAUCGCAGGCUUUGUUCCAGCAUGGAACUACAUCCUGGAAACGCGCCUGAGACGUACAACGUGCAACCCUGCUGCUGCUAUUGCUGCUGGUAACCAACCAUGUGUCUCUAAACCCAAGGCAAGUAGACUUGUGUGCCACUUCAUUGUCUAUUACUCCCUGGGACGGCCACGUGCAGUCACUACAAGCGAGUGUACGGAAUAG